AUGGGAGAAAAAGUACCACUAGAAAUCCUUAAUAGUGAGAGGUUUUAUCCAUAUUUCAAGGAUUGUGUAGGUGCAAUUGAUGGAAAUCAUGUUCGUGUCAAGGUGUCCAAUGCCGAGAUAGCAAGGUAUCGUGGUGAUAACCAACCUACGUAUGAUGUUAAUACGCAGUCAAAAAUUGUUCUUGCUUGUUGUAUUUUGCACAACUUUUUGAUUGAAGUAGAUCCAGCUUUGGAAUAUAUUGAUGAAGUAGAUAUAGAAUUGGCGCACCAAUCUCCUGUUGAGAAUGGAAAUAUUGCAUCUACUAGUACUAAAGAAGAUUCAUCACAAGCAUUUGAAAUGGGUGAAGAUUUGAAGAAAGAUCAGGAAGUUAAGAAAGAACACUUAAAAUGGACACAAUCCAUGGAUGAUGCUUAUAUCCAAUCAUUAUUGAAUCAGCACUAUGAAGGGUAUCGAGUUGAUGGAACAUCCACAACAACAGCUUAUAACAACAUUGUCGAGGAAUUGAAGGAUAAACUUGGUAAGGAUUUCACCAAAGAUCGUUUGAUGAAUUGA